AUGGCGACCAAUUCGGAACAAGACGUAUUGAAUUCUGGAACAACACCAUACUCAGCAAAUGGAAGACAGGAUUCUGAAUCGCCAUUGGCGUCUGUGCCUAUGGCUCCAAAAGAUCCCAUGUUUGGAUUGAGUGCAGCGUUUCGAGCUGAUACUGAUCCCAAGAAGGUCGAUCUGGGUGUUGGGGCAUACAGAGACGACAAUGCAAAGCCUUGGGUGUUGUCCGUCGUCAAGAAAGCCGAUGAGAUUCUCCGACAAACACCAGAUCUCAACCAUGAAUACCUUCCCAUCGCCGGACUCAACGAGUACCUCGCCGCCUCCCAACAACUCGUCUUUGGCAAAGACAGCCAAAUCCUCCACAACCACCGCGUCGCCACCAUGCAAACCAUCUCCGGCACAGGAGCCCUCCACCUCGGCGCACGCUUCCUCUCCAAAUUCUUCCCAGAAUCCGACGCCAAACGAGUCCACGUCAGCUCGCCCCCCUACGUAAACCACCUCCCCAUCCUCCACGACGCCUGCCUCGAAACCGCCUUCUACCCUUACUACACCCCCACCACCAAAUCCCUCGACUGCGACGCCCUCCUCGCCACCCUCCACGCCAUCCCCGAGCACUCCAUCGUCCUCCUGCACGCCUGCGCCCACAACCCCACCGGCGUCGAUCCCACACAAUCCCAAUGGCGGCAAAUCGCCUCCGUAAUGCGGGAGAGACAACACCUCCCCUUCUUCGACUCCGCCUACCAAGGCUUCGCAUCAGGCGACCUCGACGCCGACGCCUGGGCGAUCCGGCACUUCGUAUCCCUCGACUUCCCCGCCCUCCUCGUCGCGCAGUCGUACGCGAAGAAUUUCGGCCUGUACGGCGAGCGCACAGGGUGUCUGCACGUCGUUGCCCAGGACGCGGAUCUCGCCGCGAGGAUUAAAUCCCAAAUGGAGAAGUUGCAGAGAGUGAAUAUCUCCACCCCGCCCGCGUACGGCGCGCGGAUCGCGAGUACGGUUCUCAGUUCCCCUGCUCUCUUCUCCGAAUGGCAAGAAGACUUGAGAACGAUGUCCGGACGGAUCGUCGAGAUGCGGAGAGCUUUGCGAGCCCUUCUCGAGAAGGGGAAGGGUGAGGAGGGCAAGUGGAAGCAUCUGACGGAGCAGACGGGGAUGUUUUGUUACACGGGCUUGGAUCCGGAGCAGGUGAGGGUUUUGCGGGAGAAGUGGCAUGUUUAUUUGACGGGCGAUGGGCGGGUUAGUGUUAGUGGGUUGAAUUGGGGGAAUGUAAGGUAUGUGGCGGAGGCUUUUGGGGCGGUGGAGGGGAUGGGGAAGGCAGAUAAGGCGAGGAUGUGA